AUGCUUUUGUGUAAACAGCCUGGUGAGACUGGGGUCUUUGCAACCGCCACACAUGAACAUGUUCACAUCUACCGACUCUCUAACUCUGCACUCUUACAACAUGAAGAACAAUCGACUCUCUUCUCAACUAUGGAUUUAACUAGUCCAGUCGCGAGGCCGUAUUUACAUUGUCCAACUUCCCUAACGAAUGCUUCUACUAUAGAUCAUACAUCUUCUUCUUUGUAUGGUGCCACUCCAUCUUUUUCUGGUAUAAAUAUUAUAGCAGCAAGACGACGUUGGGGUUUUCCUAUUCAACCAUCAUCUGUUAUUCCUAUUCCACUACUUUGUACAAAUACAAAUAAUACAAAUACUACUAUACCUCAUCCAACAGCAACUACAAAUACAAAUAAUAAUAAUAAUAAUACCACUAUUACUACUACUACUAGUACGAGUAUGAAUACUACUACGAGUACUGCUGCUACAUCAUCACGUGGAGUGGGUGCCUUCCGUACAGCAGACACAACAACAACAACAGCAACAACAGGGAAACCACAGAUGCGUGUGCCUCUUUCACUCUCACUGAGUUGUGGUAGGGAUUCACCCUUGCGGUUUUUUCUCUCUGAUAGUACCGGGGCUGCUUGGAUGGGCACCCAUCACGAUGUUGGCACAGAAGGAACCUUCGCACUCUUGUACCCACUCUCCAAUGGUGGUUCCCAGCGAAAUACGGAAUCUCACUCUAGUUACAAUGCAACAAUAGUGGCUUCGGCGUGGAGUCCACAAAAUGCAACGGUGUUGGCAGUGGGACGCCGUGAUGGAGUUGUUCAGUUGUUGGAUGUAGAGAAGGGCAGUUGUAGUUAUACAAGUUCUCUCACCUGUUCCUUGAGUGGGGCGACCGUCGAACACACCUCUAAUAUGAUGGGAAACUACUACUAUAAUAAUAGUAAUAAUAAUAAUAAUAAUAAUAAUAAUAAUAAUAAUAGUUAUACCAAUCAACCGUAUUUAGGCCCUUCAUCAUCAUCACGAGAGUAUUCCUUAUCAUCUAAUCAUGCGGUGUGGAAUGGAAACACGAUGGUUUUAGAUGUAGAGCGAGAGCGGGUUUUGCAGGGAACAAUAACGGCAAUAGAUUGGGUCGCCGGAUCUCCAGUAACCGUAACGGCCGCCAAGCGAGUGGAUGGAGUGGGAUAUUAUGCAGAAGUGAUGGAUAUGCGUUCACCGGAGAGUGGAAUUCAUUAUCUUGGUGCCCCAACAGGCGCUGUAGCCGCACCGCAUCAACUCACCGGUGUGAGUGCCUCUCUCCCAACAUUAUGUUGUGCGGAAUUAUUAGCCUGUGAUGAUUCUCAGAAUUACGUGGCUACUGUGGGAAGUCACAAUCGACGGGAUGUUGUGCAGUUGUGGGAUCUGCGCAUGACGUCCAGACCCGUUUCUUGUCGAGUACACUCACAUGCCGGAUACACUUCACUGGCGUGGUGUACGCGAAGACCACAUACAGUGAUUGGAACUACACGGAAUGGUGGAGUGCGGGUUCAUGUCUUUACAGAUCUCACUCGUGGAGAUAAGAGAGAAGUGGAAGAGGAGAAGAGUGAAAAUGAAAUGAAUGAACGGGCAGCUUCAGAGGGAAAUGAGGAUGAGGAUGAGGAUGGGAUCUCCAUUCGAUCCGCCGGUACUACCACUACCAACACUAGUACAAAUACAACCACACUAUCACUAUCACUAAAGAAACGGGUGACAAAACCAUCAGAGGAACGUUGUCGACUACACACACGGGUACCAGCAGCGAGUGUGGCUUGGUUAGCAGAUAGUCUCUCUUUCUCACGAUUUCUUAAUAAUGAUAAAGUAAACCGUAGUCCAAGAGUUUUUAAUGGAGGAAAACUACAGAAUGAUGGUGGAACUAGUAUGUCUGUUUCACGAUGUGUAGAAGUUGGAGGUUGUACAGAUCUCCCUUUUAUUAUUUUAUUAAAUUCAAAGACAGGGGAAUUAUAUUCACAAGUUUUUACCCUCAGAGGUGCCACAGCGGUGAUAAUUAAUGAUGUACCAUUGUGUAGUUUGGGACCUGACAUAUUCCUUUACAAAUAUAAUAAACAAGAAACCAACUUGCAGAAAUUAGAAAGAAUUUCUGGGGAUACAGAUGUGAAGAGUCCUAAUAAUAAUAGUAUGGAUAGUAUGAGUGGUCAUGAUGUCUUUGAUGGAAGUAGUGAAGUAGAACAGAGUGGGAAUAGAGGUGUUGGCUCUAACUCUAUACAAAUUCCAGGAAAAAAGAAUAGUAAUAUGGGAAUGGGUACUUCCAUUACCAAUACAUAUAAUCAUACUAUAUCUUCUUCUUCUACACAAGAAGGAGUAUUAUCGAUUAUGAAUGUAGAUCGUACAUUAUACUGUUUAGAUCGUCUUCAGGCAGGAUUCUUGGCAUCUUCACAUCAAGUUCUCUCUGUUUUAUUACGAGAAGGAAAAGAUCGUGAGGCAUAUAUGUUAUUUCGCUAUGGAUGGUAUGUUCGACGUCACCUUUACCCAGAUAAGGUAGUCUUACCAACAUCAGAGGUUAUUCCUGGAAUGUUGGAUUUACUACAACGGGAACGAAUGGGAAUGGGCCGCAGUACGGCUACGAAUAGUAAUAAUAAUAACGCAACUGUUUCUCAACAACAAACAUCAUCAUCAUCAUCAAUGCAGUGUCGUAAACUUAUUCUUGCGGCAAUGGGAUGGUGGAUAGAUCAGCAGGAGGAACAUAUGAUGUUAUCCGCAACAACAAGAACAAAAACAACAACAACAACAAUACCAGGUAGAGAUUUAAAUGAUGCUGUGAAGUUUCCUCGUAAUUGUUUAUCACCAACACAACAACGUCGUGAGAAGGAAAGAAUGACAUCUCCACAAUCAUGGUCACACGGGAGUUUAGAUGAUCAUAUGGAUAUGACAUUCCCAUUAACACCUUCUUAUCAAUAUGAUAUUCCUAUUUCACUUUCACUAGCACUUGAACGAUGUGAUUGUAUUGCUAUGGCUUCAUCUAAUGAGGCGGUGGAAAGACGAGUGGCUAUUCUUGUUUGUAUGGGCCGGUUAAAAGAGGCAGCGACGUUACUUUCACAUUAUAGUAACUUCCAUCCACUUUACCCAAGUGUGGCUGUGGCCCUCUCUGCGGCAGCUAUACAAGAUAAUAAUAGCCGUAAUAUUCUUAUUGGGGCUUUGGCGGCUUCUAAUUCUACUUCACAUAUGACCUCUAGCUGUAGUUUUUGGAUGAGUCUCUGUCUGACCUUUGCGGUAGAGAUGCAAAAUAACAUCACUCCUUCUUCUACUACUACUUCUACUGCUGCUGCCUCUGUUGCGGCUGUUUCUGUUUCUUUGGCAUCUCAUGAUAGAGAUGAAGUGGAAUUCACUGACAAUGCAAAUAAUAAUGAUAAUAAUAAUAAUGAUAAUAAUAAUAAUAAUAACAGCAAUAGUAACAACAGUGAUAAUAGCAACUGUUGUAGUUGGAUAUAUAAACUUCCACUUCAGAAGCGUCGUGAAUAUCUUGCAUUCUUUACACAACGCUUUCCUUAUCUCCCACUAUCGGACCGAAUAGCGUUUGCGACCUUAAUGCUUUUACCACCAAAUCUAAACAAUGAGGAUGAGGAGGAUGCCCAUCUCGCUCUUAUUGAGGUAUUACAUGAGAUGACCCAAGAACAAUUCUCUCCAGUUAGUUUAGGUGGUUGUUCACUCCUUUUAGCAGCAGCCGUAGAGGGAUUGGACCGCAAUUGCACUUCUCUGCAGAGAUAUGUAGAUGAAACCGGUGAUGUUCAGACACCUGUGGUUUAUGUAGCCCUCUAUGGAUCACCAAACUGUACGGCGUGGGUAUGUUGGAAUGAUGCCUAUCGUACUCAACUGAAUGCGGAAGGACAUGCCAUUCUCCGUAGUCAACAUGAUCUUAGCUGUAUUAAAAUACGAGAACUACGUACGGAUCAGAGUAUAUAUUCAAUGGGAUAUGGAAACAUCAUCAAUAAUAAUAAUAGCAGCAAUAGUAACAACAAUAAUAACAAUAACAACAGUAACAACAGUGGUGCUGCUGCUACUUCAUUACAGUCAACACUUGCUGGAUGUGAUGCCUUUGAUAGACGCCCUGUUGGUCCAUUUGUGAGUCCAUUGGGUGGACUCGCCGGGGGAGCACCAGCCGUCGUGGCGGAGGCGAAAGUAAAACAAAAACGAUCGGGAAAAAGAAGUCUGGAGCUUAGAUGCAAAUGUGGAAAACCCGUUUUAACAGGUCCACCCAAACAAGGAACAACAACAACAACAGCAACAACCACCAUAUUAACAACGGCAGCAGCAGCAGCAACAGGAACAACUACACUUUCUGAUCCUGUGAUGAUAGGAUGCAGUCCACAAGUGCCUGAAGUUUGUCGUGCCUGUUACACUCCCAUGUGUACAGUGUGUGGAGAACAAAUGUUUACACAUGCCUGUGAUUAUGCUCUUGAUAUGUGCUUUACUUGGUGUACGGUGUGUUUGCAUGGGGGACACUUAUCGCAUCUACGUGAUUGGUUUGCAAAGCAUAGUGCCUGUCCUGCAGAAGACUGUCCAUGCCACUGUUGUCACUCUUCCUUUCCGCAACAUCCAGUACUGCCGACAUUGAGGAAAAGUCCAUAA